AUGUAUAAAAGCUCCUAGCAGUGACCUUGUUCAGUGCCUACUGAACCAAACAAAACAUCAUUCAAAAUGGGAAAGAUCAUCUUUUAUGAGGACAGAAAUUUCCAGGGUCGUUCCUACAAGUGCACUACAGAAUGCCCAGACCUGUCCUCGUAUUUUAGACGCUGCAAUUCCAUUCGAGUAGAAAGUGGAGACUGGAUCCUUUAUGAGCAACCCAACUACAGAGGGCACCAGUAUUACCUUCAUCGGGGAGAAUAUCCCGAUUUCCAGCAAUGGAUGGGUUUUAAUGAUUCUGUAAGAUCCUGCCGUCUGAGUCCUCAGCACCAAGGCUCUUUUAAAAUGAGGAUUUAUGAAAGGGAAGAUUUCAGAGGUCAGAUGAUGGAGUUCACCGAUGAUUGUCCUCAGGCCUAUGAGCAGUUUAAUUUCCACGAUAUCUAUUCCUGCAAUGUGAUGGAUGGUUACUGGAUGUUCUAUGAAGAACCAAACUACAGGGGACGCCAGUAUUACCUUAGACCUGGAGAGUACAAAACAUAUAGCGACUGGGGAGCCAUGAACCCAAGAAUUGGCUCCUUUAAACGUGUCCAUCAUUUCUAUUAGGCUAAAAGAAAAACAUUGGCUGCAUUAUACGAAAUAUUCAAUAAAUGUUUUAAAUACUAA